AUGGCCGCGGGCUGCACACUGGUGCUGGUGCUGAUGGCCGUGGUGCUGACCAGGACUGGAGCAGUUCCUCUCACCAGGCCCCUCAGGGCCGUCUCGGAUGCAAGGGGCUGCAACAUAGCCCAGUUCAAGUCCCUGUCCCCAAAGGAGCUGCAGGACUUCAAGAUGGCCAAAGACGCCUUAGAAGAGUCCCUCUUGCCGAGGGACCGCAGGUGCGGCUCCCGCCCCUUCCCCAGGCCCUGGAGCCUGAAGCAGCUGCAGGUGUGGGAGCGCCCCGUGGCCCUGAAGGCUGAGCUGGGCCUGACGCUGAAGGUCCUGGAGCCCUUGGCUAACUCGACCCUGGGGGACGUCCUGGACCAGCCCCUUAGCACCCUGAGCUACAUCCGGUCCCAGCUCCAGGCCUGUGGUCCGGCUCCGCCCACGACAGGCCCCAGGUCCCAGAGCCGCCUCCAGCACUGGGUGGACCGGCUCAAGGAGGCCCCGAGGAAGGAGUCCCCCGGCUGCCUGGAGGCCUCUGUCACAUUCAACCUCUUCCGCCUCCUCAUCCGGGACCUGAAAUGUGUUGCCAGUGGACACCUUUGUACCUGA